AUGAAAAACGAGAAAAAUGAGGAAGUCUUCCCGAGAAUUCGCGAUAAGGUGAAAGCUAUCUUCUGGCCGGCGGCUUACUUACCAGGCAUGAAAACAAAACAGUUCUUUUUAUGGCGAUCUAUGGUGGAUCACACAGAGGGAAUACCUGAGAUCAAGGGUCCUGUUGUCCGCUACAAUCCUCCGUUGUCAAAACCCCUUCGCUGCUACUUGCUUGUACAAUUACCUCUCCUAAUCGCAUGCUUUCUACGAUUUGAUCAGAUCCGUUCGUCCCUCUGCUGGCCUGAGUUCCUUUUCCGAUAUGCCUUUCUUGUCGCAUUUCUGCAAAUGUUCGGAUACUAUCUCGAUCAAAGGUUGUCGUUACUCAGUGAUCUUCGACGCAUCACGGUUGACGCUAUCGAUAUUGCUCGGACAGAUUCUGGGCGACUCCUCGAUGAUCACUUAUGA